AUGAGAAAUAAAUAUUUUCUAUUACAUAGUUAUAAUUGUUAUUUUAACAAUAACAUCAAACCCCUUUUCCUUUUACAACAAGCCAAAUGUUUAAGAACCAAAAAAAAAAAAAACUGGGAAUCACCUGAACGUGCAGGAAUAUUUUCCCAAGAAGAGAAAAAAAAAAAAAAUCAUUUGGCUAGUCAACAAUAUGAAGAAUAUUCCUUUGAUAUGAAUAAUAAGGAUCUAUAUAAUAAUAAUAAUAAUAAUAAUAAUAAUAAUAAUAAUAAUAAUAUUAGUUAUAAUCAUAAAAACUAUUAUAACAAUUUUAUUACAGACAAAGAAAUGAACAAAAAAUUUAAUCAUACAAAUAAUGAUAGAGAAGAUUAUAAUAUUGAAAAUAACAAUAAUCUGAAACAUAAAUAUGAAGAAAUAAAAAAAAAAUUAUAUAAAAAAUACAACUAUCACGAAAUAGGAAGUGAUCCACAGAAUAUCAAUAAAUAUGAAGAUAAUUAUGAAAAUAUAAAUGAAUUAAAUAUUCAUAAAAUGUUAUUAUUGGGUUUACAAAAUAUACAUAUAAAUGAAUUAAAUAAAAUGCAAAUAAAUAGUUUUUUAACAAUUCAACAAGGAAAAGAUAUAAUAAUAAAUUAUCCUGACGGAUCAGGUAAAACUAUUGCAUAUUUAUUACCUAUAUUAAAUAAUCUUUAUUUCUUACAUGAUUAUUUAGAACAAAUAAUAUUAGACAGUUACAAUGAAAAAGAAAAUGUUACAUCUAAUAAAAAUGUUAUACAAAAAAAUUACAAAUUUAAUAAUAAUUUUAAUUUAAAUAAUGAAUUAAAUGAUUAUUUAUUGAAAUAUAGCCAUUAUAAAAAUAAUGUAUUUUUUGAAGAUAAUACUUUAGAUAUAUCAAAUAAAAUGAAAACAAAAAAAUUUGAUUUAUUACCUUCAUCCUUUAAUGAAACUAAUAAAACUAAAUAUAUACAAGGAACAGGAGGUAGAAAAAGUAAAAGCACAGGAAAAAAUAAAUUAAAUCAUUUGAAUGAUACAUCUCUUUCUAUGGAUAAUAAUACAAAUGAAUUGAUAAUAAAUAACAUAAGUAUAAUGAAUAAAUUAAUUGAAAUAAUAAAAAUAAAUAAUAUAAAACUCAGCAACUUGAAUAGUGAUUAUACCAAUGAGGAGGAAUUAAAAAAAUUAGACAAUAUAAUAAAAUAUAACAUAACAAAUCGAAAUAAUAAUAUAUGUGCAAAUAUUAACGAUCAAAAUAAAUGUGCAAAGGAUAGAUAUAAUGAAGAAUCUAUCUAUAGAUAUUUAACAUUAAACCCUUUACAAAUAAACAAAACCGUUGUUAUAUUAACUAUUAAUAAAGAUAACAUAAGUCAAAUUAUUAAUCUUAUAAAAAAGUUAGAUAUAUUAAAAAGAAUUAAUAUACAAACCUUAAACGAUGUACCAUACAACGAUUAUAGUAACAAUAUUGACCAUAUGAUAGAUACACAAAUUGAUGAUGUCAAAAAUAAUAUGCAUAAUUCACACACACAAACACACAAAAGAGAUAAUAAAUAUAAAAGCGCAUCAAAUAAAUUUCAUGAUGAUAAUAUAGAUAAGGAUUAUUAUGUAAACAAUAAUAUAAAAGAAGAAAAUUAUGAUUUAGAAAAUUUACAGGUAUCAAAAGUUACCCAUAUAGAUAAUCCAGUAUUGUGUAAUGAUGAAAUUAUGUGGACAUAUGCAGAUAUUUUAAUCACCACUCCAGAUAUAUUUUUAAAUAGUUAUAAAAAUAAUAAUAAAAUAUCCAAUAACAUAAUACCAUCUAUUAUAAUAUUUGACGAAAUAGAUAUGUUGUUUCAAAACAAUGCUUAUAGAAAUACAAUGAUGAAUAUAUUCCAGAUUAUUAAAAAAAGACCAGAAAUAUAUAACCCACAUAUUGAUAUAAGUAGUCAUAACAUUGAUAAUAUAAAUGAAUCCAUAGACAAUGCUCUAAUAUAUAAAAAAAGGAAUGUUAAUGGAUACGAAGAGUAUAUGUCACAGGAUAUAAGUACAAAUAAUAUAAAUAAUAUAAAUAAUAAUAUACAUAAUAUACAUAAUAAUAUACAUGAUAAUAGUAAUAAUAAUACUUGUUAUGAUAAUUAUAGUAAAUACACAAGAAAUAGAACGAAUGACAAAAGUGACGUCCAAUUAAAUAAUAACAUUACAAAUGCAUGUAACAAUGUAAAUACUUUUUAUAAAAGUAAAAACUAUAACAAUAGAGGAAAAGAUAAAAAAGAGGACACUGGAUUACCUCUUAUACAAUUAAUAUAUGUAUCUUCUACCUUACCUUCUGUUGGACCAACCACCGCAGGGAGUAUGUUAACAGAACGUUUUAAUAAUAUUGUAGAAAUUGUAAGUAAAGAUAAUUAUAAAAUACCCAAUAAUAUACAAACUCAGUGGAUAGAAUUAAAUAAAGAAAAAAUGAUAAACUUGUAUUUAUAUGAAGAUAGAGAAGUUGAACAUAAUUUAAAAGAUGACGAAGAAAGAAAAGAAAAGCAUGAAAAUGAAAACAAUUAUGUAGAUUUAAAAGAUGUUUCUUUAUCAAACAAAAUUAACAAAUUUGAAAAAUCAUCUUUUGAGCAUCGAUUGGAUAUAUUAAUAUAUAUUCUUAAGAAAUAUCACGAGAGAACUAUAAUGUACGAGAUGAAAAGGUAUAAUAAUGACAAAUGUGAUGAUAAUAACAAAUGUGAUGAUAAUGACAAAUGUGAUGAAAAAACAGCUAGUAUUAAAUACUUUAAUAAAAAAAAGUUUAAAUUAAUUCAAAAAUAUCCAAUACACAAAACUAUCAUUUUUGUAAAUAGUAUAAAAGAUUGUAUUAAAAUAUAUAAUUUUCUAAAAAAACACAAUUGGCCUGUUUUUUCUUUUCAUAAAAAUCUAUCUUUAAAUUCAAGAAUACAAAAUUUACAUUCAUUUUCUUGUACACAAACAGGAAUAUUAAUAACAACCGAUUUGAUAAGUAGAGGUAUCAAUAUAAAAAAUGUAGAUCAUAUAAUUAAUUUCCAUUUCCCUUUAGAUGUAAUUACAUAUAUUCAUAGAUUAGGAAAAAUAAACAGAUUACAUAAUAAUAUCAUGGAAAAUUAUAAUAAUAAAAAUAUAAGUACAUCUACUUUAGAUAGGAAAAAAAAAAAAAAAAAAGACGAAGAAAAAAACAAAGUCCACGAAAAAAAAAUAUAUUUAGUAACGAAUUUAAUUUCUACUUCAAAUAUGCCUUUAGCAGAUUCCAUAAGAAAUUUUGACUAUUCAAAUACAAGUUUGUUAUCCUUAUUUUCUCGAAAAAAAUCUUUUAAGAUGAAAAAUAAAAGGAAGAUGAAUGAGAAUACAUCUAGCAGAUAUAUAAAUAUGGAAACAUUAAAAGAAAUCGAACUUGAAAUAAACGAUAAGAAGCUAACAAGUUUGUUUGAUGUAGAUGACGAAAGGGAUAAGAUACAAAAUACCUCCUUACCAGAUGAGGGUAAUAAAAAUAAUUCUUAUGUGAAGGCCCCUUUUACAGUUUUUACGUUGGAAGAUACAGAUGAUGAGGAUGAAAAUAUGAGCGAAUAUAUAAAUGACAAAAAUGAUGAUGAUAAUACAUCAAAUAGGGAACAUGAAAAAUUUAAUAUGAUGGGAAAAAAAGGAAAAAAUAAAAAUAAUAAUGAUACCACAAAUAAUAGGAAUAAUAAUAAUAAUAAUAAUAUAUUUAUAUCUUCCACAAAUACUUAUCCAACUAACAACUCAUUUCAUUUUAACGAAACGGAAAAAGAAAACAUUCAAAGAAAUUAUAAUAUUCCGAAGAACAGUAAUUUGAAUAUUCCAUCAUGGGAUGAUGUACAAUUUGAUCACAAAAAAUAUAUUAUAGAAAGGUUUAAACAGAAAGAAUGUUAUUUAAUGAAUCAAGUGAAAAGAGGAAAACUCAUAUUAAAUAAUUUCGAAUCUAAUAAUGAUGAGGAUGAACUUUUGUUUUAA